GGGGAAGCAGGAAAGCCAGAGACAGUCUGGGCUGUUGGAAGGGGCCCCAUAGAGGGCCAGGAAAACAUCUCUCCUUGUAUCCCCUUUCUGUCCCCUCCCCCUCUGAGUUUUCCCAGUUCCUAGAGCCUCAUUGACAUGUAAACGAGGUACCCUAUAAAGGCAGCGCAGCCCACUGCCCGUGCCCGACUUCACGCCAUGAGCACUGAGCUCACAGCGAAAGGCAGCCCCAGUGGCCCAGCCAGCAGCUUCCGAAAGGUCUGGUGUCCUGAAAGGUGUGGGGUGGAAACCCCUGGGGUGGGAACCCCCUGGGUCAGAGGGAGCGGAGGCCCUCUGGAAAGCUAGGGCCUUCCCUCUAAAAACGACUGGCUGGCCUCCAGAUUUCCAAGCCUCUGAUGGAGAAGAAGCGCCGCGCACGCAUCAACAUGUCACUGGAGCAGCUCAAAUCUCUCCUGGAAAGACACUAUUCACACCAGAUACGGAAACGGAAGCUGGAGAAGGCUGACAUCCUGGAAUUGAGUGUCAAGUACAUGAAAAGCCUCCAGAAUUCAUUGCAAGGACCCUGGCCAGUACCCAGUGGGGCGGACUACCCCUCUGGCUGCCGAGCCGGCUUACCCGGAGUGAGCCAGAGGCUUCGGCGCAGAGAGAACGCCGGCGGCCUGCGCUGCCCCCUGGUGGGCGAAGGCAGGGCGGGCAGCACCACGGACAGCGCCAGCCCCUGCCUCCCGGCUGCCUGGGCUCCUGCUCCCCCGGCUUGUGGCUCUCAGUCCCCGCUGUCCCCGCUCCCCCUCCCUGGAAGUCUCCUUGAGUCCUCUGCUGUCGUUCUGGCACCACAACCGGCGUCAAACUGCCAAGCCGAGAGUCCGAGACCCGGGUUUCGCGUGUGGAGGCCCUGGUGAGGCCAAGGCAAGGAUUUAGACUCAAGCCCUUCCCCGUGCCCGCCCCCACCCCCUUCACCCCGUCGUUUAGUCUGGGGACGCAGAAACUAUUUUUGGUGCAUCCAUGGUGACUGCAGGGACUCUUAUCAGUCAGUGGCCUGGUGGGGCUACGGGGAAAUCCACUUGUGGAUGGAGUCUGCACGCCUAGGUGAGCUCACCCACUCCAGACAAACCAGGGCUCCACGCUUCUGGUGAAGCUGGGAGGGGACGGGUGGGCUGUGUCCCUUUCCCAGGAACCCGAGACUGGCAGUCAGCCCCCUGCCCCCUCUCCAACGCUGCGUCGCGGUGGGAAACGCAGUCGCCAGCGGCGCAGAGCGGACCCCUCGCAGCGAGGAGAAUCGCUGCCCCGCCCUGGCCCAUUCAAUCAGCCUCGGGCUCUCAGUUCCCACCCGCACAAAGCGCGCCGGGCCCCGCCCCUUCAGCGGGGGGCUCCCAUCCUACCCUCACCCAAGAACCCUCCCACCACCAUCGCAACCCAUCACCCCCUCUGCGCCCGGCCCACCCUGCGGGCGCGUUCUCCUUGCCUUUGCGGAGAUACCUAUGGCUGCGGUCCCUGGCAAGGAGCCCUGGCCCCGCCCCCAAGGUGUAUUAAGUGCCGCGCACGCACCGCCCAGGUCCUGCCCGCUCUGCGUGGCACUGCUGAGAGCUGCGCUUUUUGUGUCCUGCAAAGACUGGUCCCCAGGACGACGUAGUGCCUUCUGAGCCCUAGACUGGAACUAAGCGCCAUUUACCAUGCGCUGCGACUGUGGUGGGGAGAGAAAUCAGUUUUUCCGCUCCAGGGCCCCUGUUCUGGACUAGCCUGGGGACCAGUUUGAAAUCCCAGCACCUUCUAUUACCAACGUACAAUUAUAAAUAAAGACUGGGCGUAAGUACGGAG